AUGAAGAAGUUGGGCCGUUUGCUGUUGCUUGAAGGUGUAAUACCUCGAUGUGCUUUGCUAGAAGUGGUGGACGUGGAGGUCAAAAUGUCAACAAAGAUUACCCUCCACCACUUCAAUUACUUUUUAGAGGGAAAAGAAUCGAAUCAACAAAUAUGGGGAGCUUGUGAUUUCCUCCACAUAGACCAGAACAGAGAAGGGUAACAUUGAGGAUAUUUUUUUUUUCUGUUUAUACGAUAGAUCAAUGAUCAUGGAUGUCAAAUGUAUUAAACUUAAUCUCAUACUUAAAGUUGUUUAAAUCACAAUUCUUAAUUACAUACUAAAAAAAACACACACACACAUACACAUUAAGAAGCAGAAACAAUUUUCGAUUAUGAUUAACACACGCAUAUACAAUGAGAAGCAGAAACUGAUGUGUAAAAAACAACGCAGACAUUAAAAAAACACAAGAAGGAACAAAAGAUAAACAAACAAUCUGAAAGUAGGUUUUUAAUAAAGUUACCGAAAGGAUUGAAGUCUGUGAUUGAGUGGACGAUUUUCGACUGUGAUUGAGCGGACGAUUUUUUACUGCGAUGAUUGAAAAUGUUGGAAACACGAUGCUGUAAAGAAACGAUUGAUAUAAUAUGUUUGAAAUAUAUAUUGACC